AUGUCCUACACCCUCCACCUCCGCCUCAUCAACGACACCUCCGACACCCUCACCCUCGUCGAACAAACCUGCUGGUUCGGCAAAGGCACUCGCUGGUCACAAAUCGACUCCACGGGCGUCUACGUCCUCUCCAUGGGGGGGUCCGGAUCCUCGGGCAUGCUUCGCUUCCAGACCAGCAAGGGCGACUUCUUCGCCGUGGCUUGCGGCGUGCACAACUACAAGCGGUGGUGCGACGUUCUCGUCGACACGGCCGAUGACGCGCCGUUGACGAAGUUGCAUCCCAAGUAUUAUGAUGAUAAGGAUGCCAAGUACCAGGCUCUGUGGGCGCAGGCGAGCGAGUUUGAGGCAAAGGCGAAGAGUGGGAAGACGGUGAGGAUUAAGUUUUAUCAGGCGGAGGGGAAUGUGUUGAGGGCUACUGUUGAAUAUGUCUAG